UUGCCAAUAGAAGGAGGGACCAUGUUGACAUGAGAGAAAAUCGCUGGAGGGUUUGUUCUACGAACAGAACAACCAUGGAUAAAACUGCCGUGGUAAAAGUCGGUGCUGCGGCCAGUGCCAGUGUAUGUGUCCUUUUCGGUGGUGUGGUUCUUGCCCAGUACAUGUUCGCGAAAAAGAAGAGAGCAGGGAAGAAAACCAAGAUAAUUGAGAUGAUGCCAGAGUUUGAGAAGAACACAGUCCAUAUGAGGGACCCAGAGCGGGUGGAACAGAUUAUCUGUGGGAUGAUCAAAGGUGGAGCCUCCAAACUACAGAUUAUCACCGACUUUGACAUGACUUUAAGCCGGUUCGCAAUCAACGGAAAACGCUGCCCCACGUGCCAUAAUAUCAUUGACAAUUGCAAGCUGGUCACUGAAGAUUGCAGGAUAAAAUUACUGGAGCUUAAGAACACAUACUACCCAAUAGAGAUUGACCCUCAUCUAACAAUGGAGGAGAAGUAUCCAUUCAUAGUAGAAUGGUAUUUCAAGUCCCACACGUUACUGGUGGAGCAGAGGCUACAGAAAGAUAAACUCCCAGAGGUCGUGAGAGACUCGGACGCCUGCUUGAGGGAGGGCUAUGAGCAGUUCUUUGACCGGCUGCAGCAGCACAACGUGCCAAUGUUCAUCUUCUCCGCGGGCCUGGGAGAUGUCCUGGAGGAGAUCAUCCGGCAGGCGGGGGUUUAUCACCCUAACGUCAAGGUGGUCUCCAACUUCAUGGACUUUGACGAGAACGGUGAGCUGAGGGGAUUUAAGGGGGAGCUCAUCCAUGUGUUCAACAAGCAUGAUGGUGCCCUGCGACACACAGAGUACUUCAAACAGUUGAAGGACAACUGCAACAUUGUGUUGCUGGGAGACUCCUUAGGUGACCUCAACAUGGCCGAUGGCGUGCCUAAUGUGGAGAACAUCCUCAAGAUCGGCUACCUCAACGACAAGGUGGAGGAGCGACUGGAGAAAUAUCUGGACUCUUAUGACAUUGUCCUGGUAAAGGAUGAGACUCUAGAAGUGCCCAAUUCAAUCCUUCAGAAAAUUAUAUAAAUCUUCCCCUAGCUACCCACUCGCCACUCCCCAAACCCCUGGAAAUGCAAUCAACCUCUGGAUCUAAGACAAGAUACAGCCUUUCGACAGACAUUAACUCCAUGGGCACCACUCGUUGGAUCCCACAACUGCCACCAAACAAACAAUCACAGUUGGCCACUGGAACUUUUAAAAAGAAAAUAUAAUUAUCUGAUGAAGGAACUGUUAAAUUACAGUGUUUGUGUGUGUUGCAGUCUUGUUGACAUUUUCCACCCUGUAACGAAAAAUUUAUAGCUACCCAAAAGACAUUUCAACCAUUUUAUAAUUUGCACAGUUUUGUAACUUGUUAUUCCUUACUUUUUUUGAUAGUGUAAUGUUUGUAUCAGUGUACUAAGUUUGCAUAUCAUAAACCAAACAUUCACACAAAAACAUAGCAAUCUCUUUCAAACAGUACCAGCAUGCAUUUCACCAUACUGUGUCAUCUGGCAUGGUGCACCAGUUUGGCUACAGGAAGUAAUGUGGGUCUGAAAAAAGCACUUUACCUGUCUGUAUGGGUGAACCAUACACUCAGUGACCUUUGUAGGAAUAAUAUCAGUAGUUUUCAUUGAUGUAUUAUUUUUCUUGCUAAAGAAAUGCAUAUGCCUUUGUUAACAGGAUGUUGUUUUGCACGUUGGGACUAUGCCACUGUAGCUAAAUUGCAAGUAGCACUUUAUUUUACAGUACGUCUGUAUACUGGACAUUUAAUGUGUAAUUUCUAUUAAGAAAUUAAGAAAUAUUUUUCUAACUACAGUAAACCAAGAUUUCAGACUGGCUGUUAUUUUCAAUGGGAUGCAGUUGAAAUCAAGUGGGCAGAACCUGGGGAAGGAGGAAGGCAGGGCCAAGAACAUGUGAGAUCAUAUUGCAACUUAGAUACCAUUUCAUAGGUUGCCAUAGCCUGGCCACUGGGCAUUUCAAUGAGAGGAGUGGAAAUGAACUUCAGUCUUAACGUCCAGUGGGCUAUGUGGCUCCUUGUCAAUCUGUGGCAUUAGGAUAACAUACUGUGAUUUCUUAAGGUAUUCAAUGUUCCUCCUUGGAUCAUCCUUGAUCCUCUUCAACUUGCUGCAUUAAAAUGUAUUUAUUUUAUGUCAGUGAUCAACACAAUACUGAUAAAAAAUUCUAAAAUGACUAAAUACAAAUGAAAAACGAAUAUUGUAAUUAGAUUUGUCAAUACAUAUUGAAAAUACCUUUGGAAGCAAUUACAGCGGUCUUGUGGUGAGUUGCACACUUGGAUUAUACAAUAUGUUUCAAACAG